AUGAAGCUUCCCAUCCUUUUUUUCUCUACUAUCUUCCUCGUCCUUGCGCAAGCAGCCACUCUUCCCCCACUCUACCAUAUUUACCGAAGCCUCAACUCUACCUCCAACAACAACACCAACUAUGCCCAUAACAAUACCACCGGCAGAGGCCCCGGCUAUAGCCCCGGUCCCAUCUCCGAUCCUAGUUCUGGUCAAAGAGAAUAUCGCUCAAUGGCAUACUUCGUAAACUGGGCAAUCUACGCCCGUCACCACAAUCCACAAGACCUCCCAGUCUCCCACCUAACACACAUCCUGUACGCCUUCGCCAACGUGCGCCCCGAAACUGGGGAAGUCUAUCUCAGCGACACGUACUCAGACAUAGAGAAGCACUAUCCUACCGAUUCAUGGAAUGACCAGGGAAACGACAACGUCUACGGCUGCGUGAAGCAGCUCUUUUUGCUUAAGCAGCAGAAUCGGCACCUCAAGGUCCUCCUCAGUGUUGGCGGUUGGACAUACUCGAAGAAUUUCGCGCGGAUGGCAGCUACAGAAGAGGGGAGGAGAUUGUUUGCGAAAUCUGCGGUAGAGCUGAUGGGGGAUCUGGGUAUGGAUGGGGUUGAUGUUGAUUGGGAGUAUCCAGAAAAUGACGAUCAGGCUAGUGACUUUGUUGAGUUGCUGCGCGAGACAAGAGAAGAACUCGACCGAUAUGCUGCCGACAACGACAGCGACAAGCCCUUCCUCCUGAGUGUUGCGUCGCCAGCAGAGCCAGGCCCAAGCAAAUACACCACCCUGCACCUCUCCUCCAUGGACCGUUAUCUUGACUUCUGGAAUCUAAUGGCCUAUGACUACAGCGGUAGCUGGGAUACAAUCACAGGACACAAUGCGAAUCUCUUCGCGUCAAGACAAAACCCCGCCUCGACACCCUUCAACACCCACACCGCGGUAACCGCUUACCUAGCCGCUGGAAUCCCUGCGUCAAAAAUCAAUUUGGGUAUGCCUCUCUACGGCCGGUCUUUCACACACACCGACGGGCCGGGGACGGAGUUCGAGGGUGUGGGGUAUGAGGGGAGCUUUGAGGCGGGCGUGUGGGAUUAUAAGGCGUUGCCAAAACCCGGGGCGGAGGUUGUGGAGGUUGAGGAGAUUGCCGCGAGUUUCAGCUACGACGAAGACAAGAAGGAAGUUAUUAGUUAUGAUAAUGUGGGUGUUGUACGGCACAAGGGGGUGUAUCUUAUGCGUUUGGGUAUGGGAGGUGGGAUGUGGUGGGAGUCCAGUGGGGAUCGGGAGGUGGGGAGUGGGGGGAGUUUGAUUGAGACGUUGGUCGACACUCUCGGUGGGGUGAAUGCCCUCGACAAGUCCGAGAACCAGCUGGAGUAUCCGGCGUCGAGGUUUGAGAAUCUGCGGAAUGGAUUUACUUGA